GUGCGUCUGCGCUGUCUUCCGGCUCCCGACUCCGCCGCUCUGCCAUCUCAGGACUCUGCCCUUCCCUAAGAGAGAAACAAGGAGGAGGACCCAUCAACCCAUGAAAUUUUGACCGUCAUGUCCCUUGGUUCAGACUUGUUCAGGGAUGUGGCCGUAGUCUUCUCCCAAGAAGAAUGGGAACAGCUGGCGCCUGCUCAGAGGGAUUUGUACAGAGAUGUGAUGUUGGAGAUCUAUAGCAACCUGGUCUCACUGGGUUUUGCCAUUUCCAAACCUGAUGUGAUCUCCUUCCUGGAACAAGGCAGAGAGCCCUGGAUGGUGGAGAAAGUAGUGACAGGAGGCCAGUGCCCAGUAUUGGAGUCCAGGUAUGAUACUAAGGUAUUAUCUCCAAAGCAGCACAGUUAUGAAGUACAGUUACCCCGGUGGCAGAUAAUGGAAAGCCUUACAAGUUAUGGUUUUGAGUGCUCAAGUUUCCAAGAUGAUUGGGAAUGCAGAAGUCAGUUUGACAGGCAAGAGGGAAAUCCAGAUGGACAUUUGAGUCAAAUGAUAAUCGAUAAUGAAGAAAUGUCCACUUUUGACCAGCAAGCAUCUCUUACUUUUUAUCAGAAAAUUCAUAUUGGAGAAAAACCCUAUGGAUAUGAUGAAUGUAGAAAAGACUUCUGGCAAGAGGACUUCCUUAUUAAUCAUCAAGGGAUUCAUACUAAUGAGAAACCCUACAAAUGUAAGGAAUGUGGGAAGGCUUUUAAAUAUGGCUCACGACUAAUUCAACACGAGAAUAUUCAUUCUGGCAAGAAACCGUAUGAAUGUAAGGAAUGUGGAAAGGCCUUCAAUUCUGGUUCAAAUUUCAUACAACAUCAGCGAGUUCAUACUGGUGAGAAACCUUAUGAAUGUAAGGAUUGUGCAAAGGCCUUUAGUCGAAGCUCACAGUUGAUUGAACAUCAACGAAUUCAUACUGGUGAGAAACCCUAUCAGUGUAAGGAAUGUGGCAAGGCCUUCAAUCGGAUCUCACAUCUUAAAGUACAUUGUAGAAUUCAUACUGGUGAAAAACCCUAUGCAUGCAAGGAAUGUGGGAAGACCUUUAGUCAUCGUUCUCAGUUGAUUCAACAUCAUACUAUUCACACUGGCAAGAAACUCUAUGAAUGUAAAGAAUGUGGGAAGGCCUUUAAUCAAGGCUCAACUCUUAUUCGACAUCAGAGAAUUCAUACUGGUGAAAAACCCUAUGAAUGUAAGGCAUGUGGGAAGGCCUUUAGGGUGAACUCACAACUUAAGCAACAUCAGAGAAUUCACACAGGAGAGAAACCCUACCAAUGUAAGGUAUGUGGUAGGGCUUUCAAACGGGUCUCACAUCUUACUGUACAUUAUAGAAUUCAUACGGGUGAGAAACCAUAUGAAUGUAAGGAAUGUGGGAAAGCCUUCAGCCAUUGCUCACAACUGAUUCAACAUCAGGUAAUUCAUACUGAGGAAAAGCCCUAUGAAUAUAAGGAAUGUGGGAGGACUUUAAAUCAUGACUCAACUACCAUUCAACAUCAGAGAAUGCAUGAUAGAGAAACACAAGUGAAUUUAAUAAAUGUAGAAAAACCUUCCAUCAGCACUUAUCCCUUAUUAAUCAUCAGAGAAUUUAUGUUAGCAAGCAACCAUAUGAAUGGAAAUAAUGGGAAGAGUCCAUUAGCUUAGGCUAAUCACAACUUACUCUUUUUAUCUUGGAGAAAGACAUGAAGAAUGUAAUGCAAGUGAGAAUUCCUUUAUUCAGAGUUGUCCUUUAUCCUGAGUAAUAAAAUUCAUAUUGAAGAAAAA